AUGGUAGUCUUGUAUGCCGUUUGGAGUCUCCUUGAACAUCUUUUGAUAAACAGCAAGAUGAUUGGAGCAUAUGAUCAACAAAUAUGGGAAAAAUCUGUUGAGCAAAGAGAAAUCAAGUUUAUUAAACUGGGUUUAAGGAAUAAACCAAAGAAAACAGCGCAUGUGAAACCAGACCUCAUAGAUGUUGAUCUUGUAAGAGGGUCUGCAUUUGCUAAGGCAAAACCUGAAAGUCCUUGGACUUCUCUGACUAGAAAGGGAAUUGUUCGAGUUGUGUUUUUUCCCUUUUUCUUCCGGUGGUGGUUACAAGUAACAUCAAAAGUCAUCUUUUUCUGGCUUCUUGUCCUUUAUCUUCUUCAAGUUGCUGCAAUAGUGUUAUUCUGUUCCGCUUCUAGCCCACAUAGCAUACCUCUGACUGAAGUGAUUGGGCCAGUAUGGCUGAUGCUGCUCCUGGGAACUGUGCAUUGCCAGAUUGUGUCAACAAGAACACCGAAACCUCCUCUGAGCACAGGGGGUAAAAGAAGGAGGAAAUUAAGAAAAGCAGCCCAUUUGGAAGUACAUAGGGAAGGAGAUGGUUCUAGUACCACAGACAACACGCAGGAGGGAGCAGUUCAGAGCCACGGAACCAGCACCUCUUAUGGCGUCGGCGCUGUCUUCAGAGACCUCUGGCACGCGGCUUUCUUUUUAUCAGGAUCAAAGAAAGCGAAGAAUUCAAUUGAUAAAUCAACUGAGACUGACAAUGGCUAUGUAUCCCUUGAAGGGAAAAAAACUGUUAAAAGCAGUGAGGAGGGAAUACAAAGCCAUGAACCUCAGUGUGAAACUGUUGGACCAGAAGAGACAACAUGGCACACAGGAACACUGAGGAACAUUUCCAGCAAAGAUACUCAAAGGACAAUAACAAAUAUUUCUGAUGAAGUCUCCAGUGAAGAAGGCCCUGAAACAGGAUAUCCAUUACGCCGUCAUGUGGACAGGACUUCUGAGAGCAUUCUUCGAAACAGAAAAUCACACCAUUAUAAGAAACAUUACCCUAAUGAGGAUGCCCCUAAAUCGGGUACUAGUUGCAGCUCUCGCUGUUCAAGUUCCAGACAGGAUUCUGAGAGUACAAGGCCAGAAUCUGAAACAGAAGAUGUAUUAUGGGAAGACUUGUUACACUGUGCAGAGUGCCGGUCAUCUUGUACCAGUGAGACAGAUAUGGAAAAUCCUCAAAUUAAUCCAAGUGUGAAAAAAGAAUAUAGAGACGACCCUUUUCAUCAGAGUCAUUUGCCCUGGCUCCAUAAUUCCCACCCGGGAUUAGAGAAAAUAAGUGCUAUAGUGUGGGAAGGCAAUGACUGCAAGAAAGCAGACAUGUCUGUGCUUGAAAUCAGUGGAAUGAUAAUGAACAGAGUGAACAGCCAUAUACCAGGAAUAGGAUACCAGAUUUUUGGAAAUGCAAUCUCUCUAAUCCUGGGUUUAACUCCAUUUGUUUUCCGACUCUCCCAAGCUACAGACUUGGAACAACUCACAGCACACUCUGCUUCAGAACUUUAUGUGAUUGCAUUUGGUUCUAAUGAAGAUGUCAUAGUUCUUUCUAUGGUUAUAAUAAGUUUCGUGGUUCGUGUGUCUCUUGUGUGGAUUUUCUUUUUUUUGCUCUGUGUAGCAGAAAGAACUUACAAACAGCGAUUACUUUUUGCAAAACUGUUUGGACAUUUAACAUCUGCAAGGAGGGCUCGAAAAUCUGAGGUUCCUCAUUUCCGGUUGAAGAAAGUACAGAAUAUAAAAAUGUGGCUCUCUCUCCGGUCCUAUCUUAAGCGUCGAGGUCCUCAGCGAUCAGUCGAUGUUAUAGUUUCAUCUGCUUUCUUGUUGACUAUAUCAGUUGUAUUUAUCUGUUGUGCCCAGUUGCUUCACGUGCAUGAGAUCUUCCUUGAUUGUCACUACAAUUGGGAACUAGUAAUCUGGUGCAUCUCGUUAACACUUUUUCUCCUAAGAUUUGUUACCCUUGGAUCAGAGACAAGUAAAAAAUAUAGCAAUACCUCAAUAUUACUUACUGAACAGAUAAACCUCUACUUGAAAAUGGAGAAGAAACCUAACAAAAAAGAGGAACUGACACUAGUGAAUAAUGUUUUAAAGCUGGCUACUAAACUGCUAAAGGAAUUGGACAGUCCCUUUAGAUUAUAUGGGCUUACAAUGAAUCCACUGCUUUAUAACAUCACCCAGGUUGUCAUACUGUCCGCUGUUUCUGGCGUUAUCAGUGACUUGCUUGGAUUUAAUUUAAAGCUGUGGAAGAUUAAAUCAUGA